AUGGAUGGAUUCAGGCACUACUUUCUUGAUUCAAUGAUUCAAACUUCAAUAAUUGGAAGAAAGAAAAGGUUUGAGGAUCUAUCCUUAUCCUAUUUAACAAAUGCUGAGAAUUUUGUUUUUGAAGUUAAAACAAAGGAAGAUCAAUUUCCUUUUGACUAUUUUUCGAAUUAUGGAAAUUCAAUUCUGCAUGAUAUUCAAGAUGGUGCUGCUGAAUCUGCAGUGAAAUUCAUGCAGAGGAGUUAUAGCAGCAAUUCUUUAGAAAAUAAACAGAAUUUUCUGUUUCAGAUUCGAUUUGAUAUUCCUUUUGAGUCUCAAAAUUUGCAAAAUGAAAUGCUGAAUUCCCGAGAAAGCAGUUUCUCUUCUGGUCAAAUGAGAAGGGUUUACAGUACUGGAGAUUUACAGGUCAGUUUGCUUCAGUAG